ACGUCUACGGGGACACGGUGGAGUUCACCUGUUACCCUGGUUACGAUAUGGUCGGGGUGUCAGCCGUCACGUGCCAGGCCACAGCCACAUGGAGCGACAGCCCCCCUGUUUGCGAACCCGUGCCGUGCCCCACCGUGCCACCGCUGGUGAACGGUUUCCAUGACGGCGGUGGCGCUACCUUCACCUACGGCGAGGUGGUGCACUUCGAGUGUGAUAUAGGAUUCCACAUUUGGGGCUCGACCUUACGUAGCUGCCAGGCUGAUAGGACCUGGAGCGGAUGUUUCCCAACGUGCAUCGACAUUAUCGAAUGCUCCGUUGGAAAUGGCGGUUGCGGGCAAAUUUGCACCAAUCUCUUCGGAAGUUACGAGUGUUCCUGUAGGAUUGGUUACACCCUGAACGUCGACGGUCAUGCCUGCGAUGAUGUGGAUGAAUGUUCCAAUGCUAACGGCGGCUGUGAGCAGACUUGCACCAACACCAUCGGGAGUUUCCAGUGUUCCUGUGGGGUUGGAUAUACCCUAAACGAAGACGGGUUUUCUUGUGACGCCGCACAGUGUCCGCAGCUGAUAGCUCCUGUGAACGGCGCACAUUCGGGCGGAAGCUCCUACCCAGACGUGGUGCAGUUCACGUGUGACACGGGAUACCGCCUGGUUGGUGUGGCGAGUAUCCAGUGCCUCGCUUACGGCACGUGGAGUGGCACGGUCCCAAUCUGCACACUCGCCAUGUGCCCAGUGUUAAGAGCCCCCACGGACGGUACCAUGACAAUGACUGGCUCCUCGUCGUACCAGGACGUGGCUGAGUUCACCUGUAACCCCGGCUACACGCUUGUGGGAUCAGCAACCCUCACGUGCGGGGCACACGGAAGUUGGUCUGCACCUGCCCCCACUUGCCCAGCCGUGCGGUGUCCGACGCUGAGGGUUCCCGCAAACGGCGCAAUGACGGGCGGCAACUUCUACCGUGACGUGAAGCUCUUCACGUGUGACGUAGGGUACGACCUUGUGGGUGCAUCAAGGCUUGACUGUCAAGCAGACGGCACGUGGAGUGACAAUGUACCCACAUGUGGAGGGGUCAAUUGUCCGAUGUUAACAGCCCCUGCAGACGGUAGCAUGAGUGGCGGGAACACCUACGGAGACACCGUACAGUUCAGCUGUGACACCGGGUGCCAGCGUGUCGGUCCGGCGGCUGUCACGUGCCUGGCGAGCGGCAGGUGGAGCGACAGUGUACCCACCUGUACUGGCACAACUGUGCCGGUACCAUGCCCGAUACUGACAGCCCCUGUAGACGGCACCAUGAGGAGGUACACCUACUUUUACUACGACUCGAGGGACUUUCGUGAGUAUCUACCCGAAGGACAGACCGGCUGUGACGCCUAUAACGAAGACGUGGAGUUCACCUGCCACUCUGGCUUCGAUCUUAUCGGUUCGUCACACAUCACCUGUCAGGCAGACGGCACCUGGAGUGAUGACGUCCCCUUGUGCACAGCUGCCCAGUGUCCUCAGCUGUCUCCUCCGACCAACGGUGCCAUGACAGGGUUAUUUACGUACCGGGGGAUCUUAGAGUUCACCUGUGACACGGGCUACGAUCUUGUAGGUCCCGGAAGCAUCACAUGCCUGGAAGAUGGCACAUGGAGUGACAUUGCUCCCAACUGCACUAUUGUACAGUGUCCACCGUUGACAUCACCCACACACGGCGCGAUGACAGGCAGCAACUAUUACCAGGACGUGGUGCAGUUCACCUGUGAUACUGGCUACACCCAUGUAGGUGCGCAAAGUGUCACGUGCCAGGCGGAUGCUUCCUGGAGCGACAUUGAACCUGUUUGUACAGUGGUACAAUGUUCACUGCUGACUCCCCCGGCAGACGGUACGAUGGAGGGCGGGAAUUCCUACCAGGACGUGGUGCUCUUCAGCUGUUACCCUGGUUUCGAGCUCAUCGGGGCCUCAGACACAACGUGCCAGGCAGACGGUUUCUGGAGCAACAGUGUCCCCACAUGUAGAAUCCUGGAGUGUCCGGAGCCGUUAACUCCCGAGAACGGUGCGAAGAGCGGCAUGUACUUUUACUGGGACGUGGUCAGUUUCACCUGUGACACAGGGCACUACAUCGUCGGUGCCGCGGACAUCAUGUGUCAGGCCGAUACAACAUGGAGCGACAAUACCCCCAACUGCACAGUGGUACAAUGCCCACCACUGACGGCUCCCGUAAACGGUCACGUGACCGGGUCCAGCUCCUACCAGGACGUGAAGACCUUCACCUGUGACCCCGGCUACGAUCUGGUGGGUUCUGCAGAAAUGACAUGCCAGGCAGACGGCACGUGGGACGGCAUCUACCCGGCUUGCAAAAUCGCACAGUGCGAUGAGCUGCUGGCGCCCGUGGAAGGAACAGUGGAAGGCUGUAACCUGUACCAGGACGAGGCGCGGUUCGGCUGUAACCCGGGGUACAACCUGGAGGGGGAAGCGGUCCUCACGUGCCAGGCGGACUCAGAGUGGGACCACCCUGCCCCGAUAUGCACACCCAUGCCGUGCCCUCCACUUACGGCCCCGGCACACGGUUCCAUGGCCGACGGCUCCUCGUACAAGGACGUGGUCCCGUUCUCCUGUGACACGGGGUACGAACUCAACGGCGCCUCGACCAUCAUGUGCCGAGACGACGGGACAUGGAGCGGCGUUGUCCCCACCUGCACGUUGGUGCACUGUGAGGUGAAAACAGCUCCCGCAGACGGUACAAUAUCGGGCGGUAACGCCUACGACGACGUGCUGCAGUUCGGCUGUAUCCCAGGUUACCAGCUGGUGGGGUCACCAACCAGCAGGUGCCAGGCAGACGGUACAUGGAGUCACAAUGUCCCAUCCUGCGCAGCUGUUGAAUGUCCACUGCUGACGGCUCCCGAUAACGGUGACAUGACUGGCAACAACUUCUACACGUCCGAAGUCGGCUUCACCUGCGACUCCGGGUUCGAGCUUGUCGGAAGCUCCACCCUGACAUGCCAAGCUGAUGCCACAUGGAGUGGGAGAGUCCCAUCUUGUACAGUUGUACAGUGCCCAGCGCUGACGAACCCGGAGAACGGUGUCAUGACUGGAUCCAACUCGUUUGGGGACGAGGUGCAGUUCACCUGUAACCCUGGGUACGAGAUCUUCGGCUCCUCCACCAUCACCUGUCUGGUGGACGGACAGUGGAGCAUGAGCGCACCGCUCUGUACAGUUCUUCAGUGUCCGAACCUCAUCCCCCCCAUGAAUGGUAAGAUGGUCGGUAUCAACGCCCACAGCGAGGCCGUGACGUUCACCUGCAAUUCCGGGUACGAACUGUCGGGGUCGCCCGCUGUGACGUGUCAGCUGGACGAUAUCUGGACCGGGAGACCCCCGCUGUGUACAGUCAUCCAAUGCCCCGCGUUGUCAUCCCCAUCACACGGCGCCAAGGUCGGCUCGAACUACUACCGUGACGUGGUGACGUUCAGCUGCGACCGGGGGUACCAACUGGACGGGGACUUCAGCGUCAACUGUCUGGGCGACGGGACCUGGAGCGGGAGUGUUCCCGCAUGUAGAGCCAUCCAGUGCCCCAGCAUGACGCCCAUCGCUAACGGAUACCUAGUUGGCUCCAACUCCUUCCGGAAUGUGGUGACGUUUCACUGUUUCCCUGGGUACGAGCUUGUUGGGGACGAGAGUCUGACGUGCCAAGCUGACCGGACGUGGAGCGGUCUAAUACCAGCUUGUUCAAUUGUACAAUGUCCUGCACAAGUCGCUCCCACCAAUGGGGCCAAGGUCGGCAACAACUUUUACAACGACGUGGUAUCGUUCAUGUGCGUGGCGGGGUACAACCUAGAUGGGGAAUCCAGCGUCAGGUGCCAGGCAGACGGUACAUGGACCGCGCCGACUCCAACAUGCCCUGAUGUUGACGAGUGUGGCACUUCCAACGCUGGUGGCUGUGAACAAAACUGCCACAACACUGACGGAAGUUACUACUGUUCCUGUAACACUGGAUACAGCUUAAGUAUCAACGGCAUGUCUUGUAACGACGUCGACGAAUGCAGCUCAGCAAACGGUGACUGCGACCAAACCUGCACAAACGAAAUUGGGAGUUUCCAGUGUUCCUGCUACAUCGGAUACCUCUUAAAUGCCGACGGCUUCGGGUGUGACGACAUCGACGAGUGUGCGACCGCAAACGCAGGCUGUGCUCACACGUGUGUAAACUCAGCUGGAAGCUACCAGUGCACGUGUGACAUUGGCUACGCUUUGAACGAAGAUGGACAUAAUUGUGACGACAUCGACGAAUGCUCGACCGAAAACGGAGGUUGUGACCAAGGCUGCAUUAACACCAUCAGCAGCUUCCGCUGUCAAUGUGGUUCUGGGUACUUGUUGAACACAAAUGACGGGCUUACAUGUGAUGAUGUGGAUGAGUGUUUGGUGGCCAAUGCCAACUGUGCCCAGACUUGUACCAACCUCGUCGGAAGUUACAACUGCUCAUGUAUCGCCGGCUACGUCCUGAACUCUGACCUCCACGCCUGUGAUGACGUGAACGAGUGUUUGACAGACAACGGCGGCUGUGACCAGACCUGCCGCAAUCACGUGGGAAGUCACGGCUGUUCUUGUGGGGUGGGUUAUGUCCUGAGUGCCGACGGAGCUGCUUGUGACGACAUUAAUGAAUGUGAUACAUUAAAUGGCGGGUGCGACCACCAGUGCACGAACACUAUCGGAAGCUUCGGGUGCUCCUGUGGAGAAGGAUACACCUUGAGCGCUGAUGGCCUUGCUUGUAACGACGAUGACGAGUGUGCCACUGCCAAUGGAGGCUGCCACCAAAUCUGCACCAACUUCCCCAGCAGCUUCAACUGUUCGUGUAACGUUGGGUACGUUUUGGAUAUCGACAAUGCUGGCUGCAAUGAUGUGAACGAGUGUUGGCGCGGUAACGGCGGUUGUGAGCAUAACUGUCACAACGCCCUGGGAAGCUUCUCCUGUUCCUGUCUGCCGGGGUUUCUCGACAAUCCCGACGGGUUUAGGUGUGACGAUAUCGAUGAAUGCUUGUCCGAAAACGGCGGCUGUGAGGACUUCUGCUCCAACACCCCUGGCACCUACAGCUGCUCCUGUUCCGACGGAUACGCUCUGACUACGAAUGGCCAUAACUGUACAGAUGUGGACGAGUGUACAGAAUCUCCUGACAUCUGCGGAGACCACGCGGUCUGUACGAACUAUAUCGGGCUGUUCGAGUGCGCAUGUAACCAGGGUUACGUGAUGACGGAAGGAGGAUGCCAUGACAUAGACGAGUGUGCUGCACACGAGUCCCCUUGCGAUCCGAACGCGUACUGCCAGAACACCAUAGGAUUCUUUGUCUGCAUCUGCGAGGAUGGUUACAUCGGUGACGGGUUUACUUGUAACGAAAUACAAACUACGACGCCCAAAGUGAUCACCACAUUCCCAACAACAACUGAUGCACCCCAAGCGGAAACAACCCACCCUACCACAACAACAACCAGUACAGUCGCCAAGACGACCGUUAAGCAAGUGGAGGAGACCUCGACAAAGGAAGACGGCUUCUUAAAUGAACUGGGCACCCAUGAACUGACAACGAGAGGCUUUACGCUUGGUGCACAAGCUACAACGAGCACAUCAUCCACUACCACAUUGAGCACAGUGGCUACUACUGAACUACAAAUGACAAAUGCGGUCACUGCAUCCGUCGGCGACAACCUGAAAGACAUCUGGCCGGGUUUGACAAGUUUGGUACAUGACCGGGGAGAGCCGGAAGACCUGAUGCAGUAUCUGAGCAACAACGGAGGACACGGGAGCUGUGAGCCGUCACAGCCAACAGAGUGUGAGUUGCUGAGUCUACCUGGGGCGCUGGAGAUGGUUUUUAACCUGUCAUCUACCGUGAACAGCCCGGAUCAGAUCAAGGUUCUAGCUGAAGCAACCGACAUACUCCUAAAAUCAUCUCAGAAGCUCAAUCUGGAUGAUCAAGUAGCGUCAGGUUACAUCAUCGGGAAACUGGCGAGAUCCAUGGGGAGGCUGUCGGGGAGUGGGGUGCGGUUUGUAGACCUGCGACCUGCUGCUUCAGCGAUAGUCGACACCGCCUCUACCCUGGUGGAAGCCGGGGUCCAGGAGCAGGUGGAGCUGGAGGACCAGUCGCACUUCCUCCCGCCCAGGAAACGGAAGCGGUACCAGGAGAAACUGGAGAAGGAAAGGAAGGAAAAGCAACAAGAACAGUGGAAACUUGAGAAAGAGGUGAUCUCUCAACUGAUGGAGGAAGUCAACAACGUCGCCCAGGCCGUGUCCAACAGCCUUGAGGUCCCUGGGUCCACCAUCCUGGGAACGAGGUCAAUGCAGCUGGUGUUGGACUGGGAGUCUGGGCCCGAGAGGGGAGACGCCCCAGUGUCCAUCCCGGCUGGACAAGUCAGAUUUCCCGCAGAGAGAGCGCUGUCCCCUUUCGCCUCGUCUCCAGACGUCGAAUGGAAGAUCACCGGUUUUAACGACAACCCGUACGUGUGGGACAGGUCGGCGGAGGACAUCCACUCGUCUGUCGUGGACGUCACUCUGGAAGACUCGUUAGGAAACGAAAUCCCUGUUAAUGGUCUGACGGAGGCAAUCACCAUCGUGCUUCAAAACAACCCUGAAAUGUUCAAAGUUAGUCAUCUCGUGAACUACAAGUAUUACGACAACGCCACCAUGGUCCUGCGAGACUUCAAAGCUCGCGAGAACCAGACGUUCGGAAUCACCCUGACGGUGCAGACCAACACCUACAUCUCAUCGGCCAGGAUAUACGGCAAGAUGGGCGGAGAUCCGAACGAUACAGACCACGACUUUAGCAAAUGGUUGACGUCUGACGACUUUGACAUCUCGGGUAGUGUGGGGAGCCAGACUUUCACGGCUUUCUUCUUAAUCUUCGUGGGGAGGGUCAACAACGGGAGCGGGCAGUACACGCUCGGUCUGCAGAUUGAUGAGUGCCUGGAACAUGGCUGUAACUACACCACGGACAUGGUCAGCAUGGGCUGCCGCUUCUGGGACACAGACGAUAACGCCUGGAAGGGCGACGGCUGCCAGGUCAGCCCAAAGACCACGCGGGAAGAAACCGUGUGCCUGUGUGACCACCUGACUCCGUUCGGAGUGGACAUCGCGCGGGUUCCUAACUACGAGCCGUUCCACACCCGAUCAGUCAUCUAUACAGACAGUUCUCUAACGUGUUUAGAUGAAUAGUAUAGAGAAAAGCGUACGUUUAGGAACAUGCAAAACUGAUAACAGUCAAGAUCAACAUUGUUUGCAAUAAUAAUCUGUGCGGUACAAAGUUUGUUCUUUAUUAGUUAGGUAUUGUUUGAUGAUGUCAGCU